AUGGCACCAAAAAAACUUCAAAAUUGUGCAUUAGUUGAUCACUUUGCAAUAGUUGUUCAAGUAUUGUUGGGUGCAAUUGCUUGUUCAACACUUAUUUAUAAAAGACAUAGAGAACGACCACAAAGGCCUUUGCUAAUAUGGUUUUAUGAUGUUAGUAAACAAGUAUUAGGUGCUGGCAUUGUUCAUGGAUUAAACAUUCUUUUUUCUUAUAUAGCAGGUUCACACAACACGGAGGAUACCAAUCCAUAUUGUACUAUAGGAGUAUUUAUAUUAUUUGUAAUCCUUAAAAUAGUACAUCGUUUAUUAACUAUUUAUGGUGUAGAAGGAAUUAAUAGUGGAGAUUAUGGACAACCACCACAAUAUAUAUUCUGGGUUAAACAAACGGUGGCAUUUAUAUUUUGUCUAAUGCUAAUGAAAAUAGUUGUAAUAACAUUAUUUAGAAUAUGUCCAUUUUUAUUUGAUAUAGCAGAAUGGAUACUGGGUUGGACAUUGUAUGAUGUUAAAUUACAAGUGGUUUUUGUAAUGGAUAAUAUUAUUAUCGAUAAUAAUUCAACCGACACUGAUGAAAUUUAUACUCAUUUACGUAAAAACCCCUCUUCAUCAUUAUCGCCAAGGAAAAAACUUUAA